GAAAAAAAUACAACUGACAUUUUGUAUGAGAGUUAGGCAACGUGCAACAUAAUUACACAUGUGUAAUACUGUACAAACGGCGAUGAACAUAUGCAUACACCCAGAAGCACAUCACGUCCAACAAGGACAGAUGACGCACAUGCCACUGUUGGACCUGGACCAGAGAUUGAUGGACAGUAGCUUGCACAUAGUGCUACGUACAACCACCAUGAAUUUUACUCGGAAAACACAGCCCCCGUUUAUCAUGGGCAGCCACAUAUGACAUAGUACGACACGCAGCUCCAAAGGCGGGUGUCGCCAUCUCUCGCCCACAGCCUCGCCUGCUCUUUGGUCCAUACUCCGAUGCACGCACCGUUGAGCGUGAACUUGAAGUAGCUCAGCUCCGAGCUCGCGCGCCGCCCCGCCACGCCCCACCAUGAAGUCCUCGUCUCAGAGCCACAGCCCCAGGACCCCGUCGCCGCGCGCUCGCGGCACGGCGGCGGCCCCCGGCGCCGACCACGCGCGCUCCUCCUCGGAGCCAUGGGUUCUCGCGUGCGUGGACGACACGUGCGUCAACGACGUGGAGAGCUUCGCGCGCACCGUCGCCGCCGUGAAGUCCAAGCCCCGCCCCGACCUGCUCCCGAGCGUGCUGUCCCACUACGCCGCCAAGUGGCUCCCGGACGUGGCCACGUCCGCCUCCGGCCGCUUCCUGCCCCCGGAGAGCCCCACCGCCACGUGGCUCAAAAAGCGCCUGCUCCUGGAGACGCUCGUCGCCGCGCUCCCGCCGGACCCGCCCAGCGGCGCGGCCGCCGACGACGGCAUCACGUGCGACUUCCUGCUGAAGCUGCUCCGGGCGGGGAGCAUGGUGGGCGCGGACGCGGCGCUGCUGCGGGAGCUGGAGUCCCGCGCGGCGCGGCGGCUGGACCAGGCGACGCUGGCGGCCGUGAUGAUACCGGCGUUCGGGCACGCGCCGGGCGGGUCGACGCUGCUGGACGUGCCGCUGGUGCUGCGGCUGGUGCGCGGGUUCCUCAAGGAGGGCGGCAAGGGCGCCGGCGGCGGCGCCGGGGCGAGGGUGGCGAGGCUGGUGGACGCGUACCUGGCGGAGGCCGCGCUGGAGGCCGAGCUGCGGCCCGCCGAGCUCGAGGAGCUCGCCCGCGCCGUGCCCGCCCACGCGCGCGCCGCCGAUGACGCGCUCUACCGUGCCGUCGACACCUACCUCAAGGCACACCCAGGCGCCGGGAAAGAGGAUCGCAAGUCGCUGUGGAGGCUGAUCGACCCCCGGAAGCUGUCUGCGGAGGCGGCGGCGCACGCCGUCCAGAACGACCGGCUGCCGGUGCGCUCGGUGAUGCAGGUGCUCUUCUCGGAGCACGGCAAGCUGAACCGCCUCGCCGACCUGGGCGCCUCCUUCAGCGGCGCCAGGGUCCCCUGCAGCCCGGCGGCGGCGCUGGACCUCCACUCCGGCAGCGGCCGCUGUCCCUCCAAGCGCGAGGCCCUGGCGCAGCACCAGGAGAUGCGCCGCCUGCGCGAGGACGUCGCCAGGCUCCAGGUGCAGUGCAGCGCGCUGCAGGAGCAGGUGGAGAGGCUGGGCUCGGAGAGGAGGCGUCGCGGCGGCGUCGGCGGCGUUGGCGGGUUCAAAUGGAGCACGCUCUGGUUCGGCGGCGGCGGCGGCAUGGGCGGCGACGUCGCGAGGAUCGAGGACUCGGAGAGCGGCAUGGAGCGGCAGACGCCGGCGAGCGGCAAGAAGGGCAGGGCGAGCAUGGCCACGGCGACGCCGACGCCGACGCGGCGGACCCCCAAGUGGCGCAAGUCCAUGUCAUGAGAGGAAUCGAAGCCCGCAGCGGCGCUCAAUGUUUACCGGGGUUCUUCUUAAUUUGUCUCUCCUUUGGUUACAGAAUUACAGUUUCUAAUUUGGUACUAAUAGAUCAAGAACUAUAUGAAUUUAACAGUUUAUAAGUCUCUCUUACUUCACAAA